AUGCAUACUAAAUAGAAGGCCUUUGGGUUAUUGCUACUCUUUAUGCUAUCUGGCAUUUAGGUGAUGACUCAAGAUUUGACUGAAGAGUAAAGGAAGUUAUUGGAAUAGUAAUAAGAAACACAUGAAUUUCAAGCUGAAACAGGUAGAUUGAUGGAUAUCCUUAUUAAUUCUCUAUAUACUUAAAAGGAAAUAUUUCUAAGAGAAUUAAUUUCAAAUGCUGCUGAUGCAUUAGAUAAAAUUAGAUUUUUGAGUGUGAAGAAUCCAGAAAUUCUAGGUGAUAAAACUGAAUUAGCAAUAAGAAUUGAAAUAAAUACAGAAGAAAAGACAGUUUCUGUUACAGAUAGUGGUAUUGGUAUGACAAAGAAUGAUUUAAUAUCAAAUUUGGGUACAAUUGCAAAAUCAGGAACCACUUAAUUUAUUGAAGCUAUUAAAGGAGGUAAUGUAAAUUUGAUUGGUUAAUUUGGUGUUGGUUUUUAUUCUUGUUUCUUAGCAGGAUAAAAAGUUACAGUAGCAUCAAAAAAUACAGAUGAUGAUUAAUAUAUUUGGGAAUCAUAAGCAGCUCAUUCAUUUGCAAUAUCAAAAGAUCCUAGAGGAAAUACAUUAGGUCGUGGUACAUAAGUUACUAUUCAUUUGAAAUAAGAUGCUGUUGAAUUUGCAGAAGAAAGUACAAUAAAAGAAUUAAUAAAAAAAUAUUCAGAAUUUAUUAAUUUCCCUAUUUAUUUGAAAGUGACUAGGGAAGUGUCAAAAUAAGUAGAAGAAGAACCUGAAUAAUAAGAUCAAUAAGAAAAUACAGAUGAUGAUGAAGUAAAAGUUAAAGAUGAUGAUGAUGAUGAUGCAGAUACAAAGAAGAAAGCUACUAAAACAAUUAAAGAAAAAGUAUCAGAAUGGGUUUAAAUUAAUGAAAAUAAGGCUAUUUGGUUAAGACCAAAAGAAGAGAUUUCUGAUGAUGAUUAUAAGAAAUUCUAUAAAGUAUUAUCAAAGAAUUCAGGUGAAGAUCCUUUUAAUUGGGUUCAUUUUAAAGCAGAAGGAGAAGUUGAAUUUACAUCUCUUAUUUAUGUUCCUAAAAGAGCACCAAGUGAUAUGUUUGAUAAUUAUUAUGGUAAAUAAACAACAAAUUUGAAAUUAUAUGUUAGAAGAGUAUUAAUUAGUGAAGAAUUCGAAGAUAUACUUCCAAGAUAUUUAAGUUUUGUUAAAGGUGUUAUUGAUUCAGAUGAAUUACCAUUAAAUGUUAAUAGAGAAACACUUUAAUAACUUAAAAUGUUAAAGGUUAUAAGUAGAAAGAUAGUUAAAAAGAUUUUAGAAUUAUUUUAAGAUGCUGCUUCUUAUGAUGAUGAAGAUGAAGAAGAUACAGAAGAAGGUGAAGAAGAUGAUAAUAUGGCAGAAACUACACCUGAAGAAUAAUAAAGAUUGAAAGAUGAAAAGAGAAAAAAGAAGAUUGAUGAAUAUAAUGAAUUUUGGAAAGAAUAUGGAAAGAAUAUUAAAUUGGGUGUUAUUGAAGAUUCUUCAAAUAGAUAGAAAUUGGCUGAAUUAACAAGGUAUUUUAAUAUUUUAUAUUUAUUAGAUGGUACUCAAGUAAAAAUUCAACUGAAUUAACAUCAUUUGAUGAUUAUAUUGAGAGAACAAAACCAGGAUAAGAUUCAAUCUAUUAUUUAGCUGGUGAAAAUAAGGAAUAAUUAUUAGCUUCACCAAUUAUUUAAGGAUUAUUAAAGAAAGGAUAUGAAGUAUUAUUAUUAGAUGAUCCAGUUGAUGAAUUUACAUUUUAACAUUUAAAUGAAUACAAAUAAAAAAAAUUAGUUAAUGUUGGAAAAGGUGAUUUCAAAUAACCAGAAGAUAAUGAUGAAUAANUAAUAUAUAUGGGAAUCAUAAGCAGCACAUUCAUUUGCAAUAUCAAAAGAUCCUAGAGGAAAUACAUUAGGUCGUGGUACAUAAGUUACUAUUCAUUUGAAAUAAGAUGCUGUUGAAUUUGCAGAAGAAAGUACAAUUAAAGAAUUAAUCAAAAAAUAUUCAGAAUUUAUUAAUUUCCCUAUUUAUUUGAAAGUGACAAGGGAAGUUUCAAAAUAAGUAGAGGAAGAACCUGAAUAAUAAGAUCAAUAAGAAAAUACAGAUGAUGAUGAAGUAAAAGUUAAAGAUGAUGAUGAUGAUGAUGCAGAUACAAAGAAGAAAGCUACUAAAACAAUUAAAGAAAAAGUAUCAGAAUGGGUUUAAAUUAAUGAAAAUAAGGCUAUUUGGUUAAGACCAAAAGAAGAGAUUUCUGAUGAUGAUUAUAAGAAAUUCUAUAAAGUAUUAUCAAAGAAUUCAGGUGAAGAUCCUUUUAAUUGGGUUCAUUUUAAAGCAGAAGGAGAAGUUGAAUUUACAUCUCUUAUUUAUGUUCCAAAGAGAGCACCAAGUGAUAUGUUUGAUAAUUAUUAUGGUAAAUAAACAACAAAUUUGAAAUUAUAUGUUAGAAGAGUAUUAAUUAGUGAAGAAUUCGAAGAUAUACUUCCAAGAUAUUUAAGUUUUGUUAAAGGUGUUAUUGAUUCAGAUGAAUUACCAUUAAAUGUUAAUAGAGAAACACUUUAAUAACUUAAAAUGUUAAAGGUUAUAAGUAGAAAGAUAGUUAAAAAGAUUUUAGAAUUAUUUUAAGAUGCUGCUUCUUAUGAUGAUGAAGAUGAAGAAGAUACAGAAGAAGGUGAAGAAGAUGAUAAUAUGGCAGAAACUACACCUGAAGAAUAAUAAAGAUUGAAAGAUGAAAAGAGAAAAAAGAAGAUUGAUGAAUAUAAUGAAUUUUGGAAAGAAUAUGGAAAGAAUAUUAAAUUGGGUGUUAUUGAAGAUUCUUCAAAUAGAUAGAAAUUGGCUGAAUUAACAAGGUAUUUUAAUAUUUUAUAUUUAUUAGAUGGUACUCAAGUAAAAAUUCAACUGAAUUAACAUCAUUUGAUGAUUAUAUUGAGAGAACAAAACCAGGAUAAGAUUCAAUCUAUUAUUUAGCUGGUGAAAACAAGGAAUAAUUAUUAGCUUCACCAAUUAUUUAAGGAUUAUUAAAGAAAGGAUAUGAAGUAUUAUUAUUAGAUGAUCCAGUUGAUGAAUUUACAUUUUAACAUUUAAAUGAAUACAAAUAAAAAAAAUUAGUUAAUGUAGGAAAAGGUGAUUUCAAAUAACCAGAAGAUAAUGAUGAAUAAAGAAAGAAAUAAAAGGCUUUAAAGAAAGUAUUUUAACCUUUAACUGAUUGGUGGAGAAAAUUAUUAUCAGAAAGUGUUGAUUCAGUUAUUAUUUCUUAAAGAUUAAUUGAUGAUCCAAUUAUUGUUGUUUCAUCUGAAUCAGGAUAUUCUGCAAAUAUGGAAAGAAUUUCAAAAGCUUAAGCUUAUUCAAGUAAAGGUGGUUCACAUUAAUUUGGUAAGAAGAUUGUAGAAAUCAAUCCAAAUCAUUAAGCAAUCUAAGAAUUAUUAUAAAGAGUGAAAGAUGAUCCAGAUUAAGAAACAGAAGAAAUGGCUAGAGUUUUAUAUGAAGCUGCUUUAGUUAAUUCAGGUAUUUAAUAUAUAUAUAUAUAUUUUAGGUUAUUCUAUUCCUAAUCCUGAAAAGUUUGCUAGUAGAUUCUAUAAAUUAUUUAAUUCUGCUUUGGGUAUUGAUAGAGAUGCUCCAGUCAAAGAAUUCGAAGUAGAAAUCGAAGAAGAACCAGAAACUUCAUCAGAACCACCUUAAAGUGAAGAUGGAACUAAAUGGGAAAAAGUAAAUACAGAUGAUGCUUAAUGGGAAACUGUAAGUAAUGAUAAAAGAGAUGAUUUAUGAUUAAUUUAUG